GGCGCCAGUCUUUUCCUUGCCCCUAUCUGCACGACGCAUACUUGAAAAUUUUUUCCAUUUGUCGAGGAAGGACACGCCCAGCCUCUUUUCUCUCUUCUGACUGACUCCAUUACCACUUUCGUUCGCCAAAAGCUCAAGCAAACAACAUACUUCUCUUUCUCUCUCUCUCUCUCUGUGUAGAUUGGAACUUUUAGCAGAGGCUGGCUAAGUCUUCUGGAUGAAUCAGACGUAUCACUAUUAUUCUUUUUUUUAGAGACUGAAAUAAUGGCUUCAAGGGCUAUCUUGCGGAGGAAGAGAUCCCUCUUCAGUUUCCUGAAUCAACCAGCUUGCUUGGUUAGGAGCUUUUCAAGUUUUGAACAUGGGCAGCCUCCCCAAUCAAGUGUCUUGGAGGGAUCAAGCUGGAUUACCAGUCACCCAUCUGAAAAUAAUGAUAGUAGAUAUAAAGGGAACAGGAAGGCAGAUUUUGAUUCUUCUUCAGGAAUUAGGUGGUUUUCACGGUCUGUUCGUUUUUCUUCAACUGUCACAGCUGGUCAACCUAAAUUUGGCAGUGGUAAUAGCAGAAAGGCAGAUGUUGAUUCUUCUUCAGGAAUUAGGUGGUGUUUGCAGUCUGUACAUUUUUCUUCAACUGCUGCAGAUGGUCAACCUAAAUUUGGCAGUGGCAAUGACAGAAAUGAACAACAGGCUGCUAAGCAGGUGAAGGAAGCUUCACCAGAGGAGUGCGACGAAGCUGUUGAAGAUUUAAGUGAGGUAAAGGCCAAGGCAAAAGCUAAGCAGGUGCAAGAGUUACAAAAGAGUUAUAAAUCAGUAAUGCAGAGGAUGUGGGCUAUGCUUCUGGGUAUUGGUCCUGCUUUGAAAGCUGUUGCUUCAAUGGGCAGGGAAGACUGGGCUGAGAAGUUGCACCAUUGGAGGGAUGAGUUCAAGUCUACAAUGCAACACUAUUGGUUGGGCAUAAAGCUACUGUGGGCUGAUAUUAGGAUAAGCUCAAGGUUACUGGUGAAACUUGCCAAUGGGAAGGGUCUUUCUAGAAGGGAAAGGCAACAGCUUACACGCACCACAGCUGAUAUAUUUAGGCUAGUCCCUUUUGCAGUUUUUAUUAUAGUUCCAUUCAUGGAAUUCUUGCUGCCAGUAUUCCUAAAAUUGUUUCCCAACAUGUUGCCAUCAACCUUCCAAGACAAGAUGAAAGAACAGGAGGCAUUGAAAAGGAAGCUGAAUGCUAGAAUGGAAUAUGCUAAGUUUCUUCAAGACACUGUUAAAGAAAUGGCAAAAGAAGUCCAGAGCUCAAGAAGUGGAGAAACUAAGAAAACAGCAGAAGAUCUUGAUGAAUUUAUGAACAAUGUUAGAACAGGUGCACGUGUUUCCAAUGAAGAAAUUUUAGGCUUUGCCAAGUUAUUUAAUGAUGAGCUUACUUUGGAUAAUGUCAGCAGACCUCGAUUAGUAAAUAUGUGCAAGUAUAUGGGUAUCAGCCCUUAUGGAACUGAUGCAUAUCUACGUUAUAUGCUUCGGAGGAGACUGCAAGAGAUUAAGAAUGAUGACAAGAUGAUUCGAGCUGAGGGUAUGGAGUCCCUUUCAGAAUCUGAGCUUCGUCAUGCUUGUAGAGAUCGAGGGUUACUUGGAGUGCUUUCAGUUGAAGAAAUGCGGCAACAGCUACGUGAUUGGCUGGAUUUGUCUCUGAAUCAUUCCGUUCCAUCUUCUCUGUUGAUUUUGUCUAGAGCCUUCUCUGUCUCUGGAAAGGUUAAGCCAGAAGAAGCUGUUCAGGCUACAAUCUCAUCUCUUCCGGAUGAAGUUGUGGAUACUGUUGGGGUUACAGCUUUGCCAUCUGAAGAUUCAGUUUCAGAGAGGAGAAGAAAGUUGGAGUUCCUAGAAAUGCAGGAAGAGCUGAUCAAGGAGGAGGAAGAGGAAGAAGAAGAGGAGCAGGCCAAGAUAAAGGAAUCUGUUGGUAGCCAAAAAGAUGUAGCUUUGGAGGAGAUGACUAUUCCAACAGCUAGAGAAGCUCAAGAACAAGCCAGAGCAAACACAUUGGAGAAACAUGAGCACCUUUGUGAGCUUAGUCGUGCAUUAGCUGUUUUAGCUUCAGCAUCUUCCGUCAGCAGAGAGCGUGAAGAAUUCUUGAAACUUGUUAAGAAGGAGAUAGUCCUCUAUAAUAGCAUGGUGGACAAAGAAGGGACAGAAGAGGAAGAAGAAGCUAAAAAGGCAUACAAAGCUGCCAGAGAGGAGAGUGACCAUGCUGUGGAGACAGCCAUAGCCGACAAGGUUUCUUCAGCACUGAUUGAUAGAGUAGAUGCUAUGCUUCAAAAGCUUGAAAAAGAAAUUGAUGAUGUGGACGCAAAAAUUGGAGAUCGAUGGCGCUUGCUUGAUAGGGAUUAUGAUGGAAAAGUGACUCCAGAGGAGGUUGCAUCUGCUGCUAUGUACCUUAAGGAUCACUUGGGCAAGGAGGGUAUCCAAGAUCUUAUAAGCAACCUCUCCAAAGAUAGAGAAGGAAAAAUCUCUGUUGAAGAUAUUGUCAAGCUAGGCAGUGAAAUGGAAGAUGAUGAAACUACCGAGGAAGGAAAAGAAAAGCAUAGAAUAUAGCAUCUGGUGUUGUAAAGGGGUUUACUGCAUUCUGUGUGAACAUUUUGUAACAAGAUCUCAAAAAUAAAGGGGGAGAAAGCAGAUUGGAAAGAGCGAAAUUUUCUUGGUUGGUAUCUAUAAAAGCAAAUAAAACAUGUGGAUAACAACUCAUUGGUACUAGUAUUUUUCAUGUGGGCUGCGGUACGCUUGUGAAAUUUUUGAGAUGAGUACCUGGCUAUAUUGGGAUAGUGCAAGAAUGUGAUAUGUAUACUACAGAAUAUAGAAGGAGGAUAUACGAGUAUCUUGUUGUACUUUCUCUCCUUUUUGCUUUUGACA